UCGUACGGAAGCGUGUUCACGCACGCCAAGGCUGGGAUGGAGAACGUCGAUCGCGAGCGCGUGGCGAGGGUGGUGUACGACGCGACGGUGGGGACGCCGCACCACGAAAACGAGACGCGCAAGGAGCGAGCGACGUCGAAGAGGAUCGCGGCGAUGAAGGCGAAGGGCCAGGGAAUGACGAAGACGGAGUGGGAGACGUUCGGACGACGGGCGGACGAGCGGGCGCGAGCGAUGGAGAGGACGCGGAGCGGGGCGAGAAAGUGGUUGGUGGUGGACAUGGAUGGAUUUUACGCGGCGUGCGAGGAGUUGUACGAUCCGGCGUUGAAGAGCGUGCCCGUGGGCGUGGCCGCGGGACCGUCGAGCGUGUUGACGACGGCGAAUUAUGUGGCGAGAAAAUACGGGGUGCGGGCGGCCAUGCCGGGAUUCAUCGCGAAAAAGUUGUGCCCAGAUUUGGUAUUCGUGAAGCCCGACUUUAAAAAGUACGUCAAGGCGUCGAACGAGUCGCGAGGCGUGUUCGCGCAGUACAAUCCCGACUACAUCGCCGGUUCGCUCGAUGAGGCGUACAUCGAGGUGACGGAGUAUUGCGAGAAGCACGACACGACGAUGGAGGCGAUCGCGGAGGAAAUUCGCUCAAAGGUGAAGGAAGCGACGGGCGGAUUGACGUGCUCCGUCGGCGGCGGGUGCUCGCGUCGAUUGGCCAAAGUGUGCUCAGACUUCAACAAGCCAAACGGGCAGUACAUCUUGGGUACGACGCGUGACGAUAUUCUGAAGUUCCUUCGCGACUUGCCUGUGCGCAAAAUGUACGGCAUUGGGAAGACGCUGGAGAGGAUACUGAACGAGUUUGAUAUUAAGACGUGCGGCGAUUUGCUCGCAAAGCGCGCGACGAUGCUCGCCUUGUUCACACCGAAAGCGUUCGACUUUUUGCUGGGCAUCGCGCUCGGCAUCGGUACCGAGUGUCAUCCGCGCGAAACGCCCGAGGGCUCGGGCGGACGAAAAGGUGUUUCCAAGAGCGAAACUUUCAAGGCGACGGCGGACAAGGCUUACUUGGAUGCGAAAAUGACCGAGCUCGCGACCGAGGUGGCGUUAGAAUGUCAGAGGCUCAAUUUGAAAGGCCGCAUGGUGGCCGUGAAGCUGAAACGAAGCACGUUCGACGUUAUUCAACGUCAGACCACGCUCGCGGGGCCGACGAACGAUGUCAAGACCAUCGUGAAUAGCGCGUUGCGAUUAAUGCGCAACGAAAACUCAAUCGGGGCGAACAUGACUCUACGCCUCGUCGGCGCG